AUGAAGAAAAAGUAUCAAGGUACUGCUAGAGUGAAGAGGGCUCAACUACAAGCUCUUCGUAAAGAGUUUGAGAUGCUGCAAAUGAAGGUUAGUGAGUCUGUAAACGAUUACUUUGCUCGAACAUUAACUGUUGCUAAUAAAAUGCGUAUGUAUGGAGAAAAGAUGAAUGAUGUUGUGGUCAUUGAGAAGAUUCUCAGAUCAAUGACUGCAAAAUUCGAUUAUGUUGUCUGUUCUAUUGAAGAAUCAAAUGAGGUGGAUGAAUUGUCAAUAGAUGAAUUGCAAAGUAGUUUAUUGGUGCAUGAACAAAGAAUGGUAGGACAUGCUGUAGAAGAACAUGCUCUUAAGGUGAGUCAAGAUCAGUUCUCUCCAAGAAAGGGCAGGGGACGUGGAAUUGUUACAAGUUUUAGAGGCCGAGGGCGAGGUAGAGGAAGUCCUGGAAAAGCUGCAGUUGAGUGCUUUCAUUGCCACGAGUUGGGACAUUUUCAAUAUGAAUGUCCUCAAAGGUAG